AUGGACGACAUAGAACCACCCAGCAACUCCCCAAUUGAUCUGACCGAUAGAGGCGAUCUGAUUCUAAACAUUCACGAUGUCAAUCGGCUCAAGCGCAGCUCAUUCGUCGUUUCGUCUCACAUCCUCACCAUGGCCUCGCCCGUCUUCGCUGCAAUGCUCGACCCGAAGUUCAAGGAGGGUCAGCAACUUCUACAGAGUCGCGAACAGAAUGCCGCCGAGAAACCGAUCAUCCUCCUAGAAGAGGAUGACGUGGACGCAAUGGACUUCAUCUUGAGCAGCCUCCAUUACAAAACCGACAGGAUCAAGCACGACCUCGGUGCCCAGGCCAUCGCAGAGAUUGCCGUACAAUCCGACAAGUACGACUUCCAUGGCGUGCUAGUCCCUUGGAUCAAGCUCUGGUGCCAUCCCGACCGAUUUCCCGUGCGUCCGUCACACAAAGUACGAGAUAUGGGGUAUGGUCUGCUUGUGGCAUACCUGUUCCAGUCGCCAGACUUUGUGGCCGUGUCUGCAAGCUACGCGAAGACGCUGCCCCCGGACUUCGCGACAUCGUGGAGGACCUCCAAGUUCAUGUCACGCCUGCCAAAGGUCAUCGAAGUCCAGUUGGCCAGCGAAAUCACCAGGGCGCAAAAGGAAAUACGCCUUCAAGUCCUCUCCAAGAUGGAUGAGUUGCAGCCCAAGAAUAAUCCCUGCACUGUGGACAGAUCUCGCUCCCAUCUCGUUCAAUACCUUGAUGUGCUGAAGCAUUUCGAUAUUUGGCCAUCCUUGGUUCUCUUCGACACGUCCUCGCCUAGCGACCUGGUUUCUCUCAUUCAAGGGCUUCCGCGCGCUCCCAAUCCUGUGUGUCUUCGGUAUCAGUUGCCACAAUGCCCUCUUCGCGUCGCCAUAACGGAGUUGUGCCGGGCCGUAUGCACGAUUCGUGAUAACAUGGAGGGGGUUCCGCUGUCCAUGGUAGUCGGCGCUUCUGACGAAAGUGGGAAUGACAGCUCUGAUGACAUAGUCAACAAAGUCACAAAGUCGGUGUCGACCCGUGUUGAGUAG